AUUCUGUGUGUGGCGCCUUCACAACUAGAAAUCUUAACAAAGGAUUCUGGUGUGUGUUGCCGAGGUCUGGGCAGAGCAUGAAUGUUCAAUAGAGGCUUCAACUCUGUGGCUGCAUCUAGCUUGGUUUCAUCUGGUCUGAUCUGGAAUGCAGCAACUUUUCCCCACCAACACACUUGAGUCUUCUGUGCUCUGAUUGGACAGCCAGUAUCAUCCAAGUAUCCUGAUUGGCCAAUGAAACCUCUGAGCCUGGAGCAUAUACAUACCAGAGCAAUAUCCAGCCUACAAUUUCACUGCCAAUAAAUCCCACCCUGCAAUCAAAUCUCCCCUUUUUGCUCAGAUUCUCUUGACACUUUUAGAAAAAUAAGAAGGAAAUGGCCCAGCUGUCCGUUUAGCCCCGAUGCAAGGAGUCUGAAAUGCGAUCCUACCCUUGAGAUAGGGAUUGGCAAAUGUCGCGUGGCCACCGCGCUGGAGUGUGAGUGGCUCAAAACAUGAAGCAGCCAAAAGUUUCAUUCAACUUGUAAAGGUCACAGGCUUGCAGCAACUGCGUGGAUGAGGCUUGGAUAAGACAGACGGCACGUUUUUGAUCCUAGAAGAGUGUUACGCACAGAAAAUAUGCCCCUAUUGAUGAGGAGGUCGGGUAAUGUGAGUCGACUCUGCAGGAUUGAUUGAAUGUAGCAUCAGCAGCGACGAGAGGUGGAUGCGUUCAGAGCUCUUCGUCAUUGCUGCAAGCCAUCUAGAUAAUCUUGUUAAAGAUAUUAAUAAAUUGGAGAGAUAGAAGUAAAAGCAGAAAAAAAUAUUGAAAAUCUUUCGUGGAAUUUCAUUACCUACUUUCUGCAUUCAACCUGGAGCCCUGAAUUUGAGAUGCAGACUUCAUGAAGGAUUGCGAUGCCCUCCAGGAGAAAUUUCAAAAUUUGAUGCUAUUUUAGUUGUGGAAAUUCUGAUGAAGUGAAAAAAGGAAGAUUAUGCCAGAAGAUAGCAAGUUAAAGGAGAGUAUUUGAAAUGAUUAUUAUUAGGACGAUUGUCACUACUACAGAGAAAGCCCCUUGAAGACUGUCAACAGAGUAAACGUGAUUUAUCAACACACCACAGUAACCCCAUAGGAGGAUUGAAAAUUUAAUUAAUUAAUGGCUUGGUAUCGGAAGCAUUUCAACUGAUAGUUAAUUAGGUAAAGUAGAAGGAUAAACAGAGAGAUUGCCAAUUUGAUGUAUAGUCCUCACCUUUUACGAAUUAUCAGUGUCACAAUGGCGCGAUCCACAAAAGUACGCACAGUGGUGACUGUAUUUGUAACAGCCACCAUUACAUAUAUGUUAAUGCACUCAAACUGUGGAGAUAAGACAGAGAAUGUACGAAUGGUGCCCGUAGAACCUCAUGUUCUCUAUGAUGAUGCAAACAACGAAUACACAUACCACCGAGAAAUGCCUCUUAUAUUCAUUGGCGGGAUGCCACGGAGUGGCACGACGCUCAUGCGUGCAAUGUUAGAUGCCCACGAUGAUGUGCGGUGCGGGGAAGAGACCCGUGUUAUACCGCGGAUACUGAGCAUGCGAGCUCAGUGGAUACGCUCUUCCAAAGAACAUGCAAGACUGCUCGAGGCAGGACUCACAGACAAUGUCGUCGACGAUGCCAUCUCGGCGUUCAUGCUUGAAAUCAUUGCCAAGCACGGGAAUCCAGCCCCACGGUUAUGCAAUAAAGACCCAUUUGUCCUCAAAUCUAUGUUAUACCUUCAUAAAGUGUUUCCAAAUGGGAAGUAUCUUCUCAUGAUAAGAGAUGGACGAGCCACCGUGCACUCCAUCAUCUCACGGAAAGUGACGAUAACGGGAUUCGACAUCACAAACUAUCGGGAUUGCUUGAAGAAGUGGAAUCAGGCAGUUGAGAGCAUGUAUGACCAGUGCAUGAGAGUAGGAAAGCAAUUCUGUCUACCAGUCUACUAUGAACAGCUUGUUCUACACCCAAAGGAAUGGAUGGAGAAGAUACUAACAUUUGGAUCUCCCUGGGAUGAGGCAGUCUUGCAUCAUGAAGAACACAUAGGAAAACCUGGUGGAAUCUCAUUGUCAAGGAAAGAGAAAUCAACAGAUCAAGUGAUAAAGCCUGUCAACCUGGAAGCACUCAGCAAGUGGGUCGGUCAUAUACCCCCAGAUGUAGUCUCAGAUAUGCCUAACCUUGCCCCUAUGCUAAACCGCCUUGGCUACGACCCUUAUGCCCGUCAGCCUAAGUAUGGUGACCCCGACAGGUUUGUACUCGACAACGAGGAAAAGAUCGCCAACAAUGCCGCCGGUUUCAACGAAAACCUCAAAAGAGUUUACCGCGAGAAGGAAAUAGAUCAACAGAUUGAAGGGCCUCAGGAAGCUAGGCCCGAACAACAUGGACAACCAAUGGACAAUCAAGAUAGGGGUGGCCAAGAUCAUUUCCCAAGAGCGCCCCCUGUAGAUAGGAGAGAUCCUAGGCAGUACGCAAGAGACAGGAGGAAUAGGAGAAGAGAAGGCCCUUAUCCUGUGCCUGCAUGAUAAAGGGCUUGUAGAUUAGUUGUAGCAUGUAUAUAUUUAUAAAUAUAUUUUAAUAUUUGGGAAUAAACAGAAAGUGCCAAUGAUUUGCUUUUGAAGAGGACGCUUAGUUGGACUCCUGCCCGUGCAGUUUUAGAUUAGAUACUUGAUAGAAAAUAAAAAAUGUAGGAAUCUUAAACCUCAUCAUUUGAAAUGUUACAGAAAAACUGUGAUCCAUUUCUGAU